UGGGGGUAUAUAAGAUAAAUAAGUCGAUUGGACAUCAGAGAUUUUUUCAAACACCGAGGAAGAGCAUGAUGCUGAAUCACUGGAACAUGGACACAAGGAGUAUUGUUGGGGUGUUGGUAUGUCUGUCUUUCGGACAGUGUGCUUUUAUUCCUGACUUUCGUGCUACGCCGUUAGGAUUACAGCCUACUGACAACGCUUCAAUGGUGUCACCAUUCUCACCGGGAGCACCGGAGCCUGAUUUAUCUUAUUGUCAGAUGAUUCUGGAUGCUCCGGUUCCCCCCACUGCGGACCAAGUACCCUGGUACUGCAUUUGCUCCGCUUGCUCCGGAAACAGAGGCCAGAAAGGAGACAGAGGCGACCGCGGAUUGAAUGGAGCUCCUGGUAGUCCAGGUCCAAGAGGGCUCAAUGGGCUUCCCGGCCGUCCAGGAUUCACAGGACGUCCUGGCUUAAAGGGUGAAAAAGGUGAUAUUGGAGAUAAAGGUGACACUGGUCCCACUGGGUUUUCAGGACUGAAAGGAGACAGGGGGAUGAAAGGUGACAAGGGUGACCGUGGUCUGGAUGGUCCCACGGGAGAUCAGGGUCCAAAGGGAGACGAUGGUCAAUGCCCGGCAACCUGUGAACCCAUACCAGGGGCAGAUGGUGCACCGGGUCUUCCCGGCCCUGCAGGUACACGUGGGUUACCUGGGCUGGCUGGAGACCCCGGUCCCAAAGGACUGAAGGGCGAUACAGGUGUGUCAGGCGUGCCUGGCGUUCCAGGUGUGUCAGGGCAAAAGGGUGACCAAGGCCUACAGGGCCUGUGCAAUUGUAGCAAUGGUGCUCCAGGAACCCAGGGUGAAAAGGGUGAUAAGGGUGAUAAAGGAGAAUUGGGUGUGACAGGGCCACAGGGUCCGAAUGGAACCAGAGGACCUAAAGGUAAUCAGGGAGAUAUGGGAAUGAUGGGUGUGCCUGGACCUUGCUCACCUGCCGUGAAAUCUGCUUUCUCUGCCGCUUUAGUCACCCCCAAUCCUCUACCGAACCGCCCAGUGCCUUUCAAACGCUCCAUCUACAACAUAAACCAGCACUACAACCCUGACAAUGGCGUCUACACCGCCCCUGUCAACGGAACCUAUGUGUUUAGCUACAAUCUGCAAGUGUCCACCCGUAUGCUGAAGGUCGGACUCUUCCUCAACUUUGAGGCCGUGGUGAGGACAACUACGCCAGUGGAAAUGAACACCGCCUCUCAGCAGGUGGUGCUGAGUCUGAGUCAGGGUGACUGGGUGUGGGUGCAGGUGAAAGACAGCACCACUAACGGCAUGUACACCGGCACUGAGUCCAGCAGCACAUUUACCGGGUUUCUGUUGUACCCAGACAGAUGUGAUGACAUGUUUGGAAGAGAUUUUAUCACCCAGAGAGAGUUCCCCGAGACAGAUAUCAAAUGGGGAACUCCAUAAAGCCCCACAUCUGUACCCUACGCUCUUAACCUACUCCUUAAACUCUUUAACAACCCCUACAUUCUAAACCAGCACCCAAAUGUUUAUCUACAGCUUAGACCAGGGGUAGAUAACCCUGCUGCUGGAGGGCUGCCUUCAUGC